AUGGCGACUAGUAAAAAAACUAUGGAACAAUCACCACCAUCGACGAAUCCCACUCCUAAACGGUUAUGUGGUGGCAUUGAUUUAAAACAAGCGUUUGUCCAGACGUUGUUGAAUGAUGAAUCAUUGCAGUCAGCUGUUGCUGAUGUCGUUCAGAAAAACGAUAACUCAAUUACAGUAGCUGCUGAGAAAAUCGUUGAUGUUAUGUUUGACACCCCCUUAAAACACUUAUGCGAUCAGAUUGAAUUGUUAGAAAGUCGUACUAUUAAACUCGAACAAAAAACAUUUGAUUUGGAGCGGUACAAUCGAUCAUUUAACUUGCGGUUUUAUGGGUUUGAAGAGAGAAGAACAAAUGGUAACAUAGAGAAACGUGUGUCCGAAUUUUUAACAAAAAAUCUUGAAAUUAAAAUUCAUCAUCCAGUUAUUGAAAAUUGUCAUCGGGUUGGUGUUAAACGUACUGGUAAAUCCCGUCCUAUCAUCGUUCGUUUCCAUUCGCGCCCUUUUCGUCAAUUGAUUUUGACAUCCUUAACUAAAUUGAAAGGCCAAAUUAGAUGUGCUUUUGGAGUCCGGCGUUCUCGGGCGAUGCGACUAUACUGAGGUGGUCUCAUGUACGAGUGAACGAUGAAGUAUUGAAGAGCUGUUACACAUUGAAUUUGAAAGUAAAGUAUAUAU